UUUAGUUGUUUUGUAUUAUGCUCUUUGACGGCGAGUAGUGUUUUCUGACGCUAGUGCUGUUAAUUUGUUUCACUGUCGUAGAAGGCGAGUAUUUUGUGACUAGGGUGCUCACUUGAUGCAGACGUGAGCUGAGACAAUUUCCGUGGUAAUGGCAAACUCAAUAACGGAGAUCUUCUCUUCCUAUCAGGAAUAUCUGAACAACGAACAAGAUUUGAGGGACGAAAUACGUAACAUUGUUAAGGACAUAGAACAACAUGCAAGAGAAAUACUAACAAUUCUUCAAGCUAUUCACCAAGAAGGGGGUAUUCGUGAAAUACCCAAGUGCUGUGAAGCUGCAAGAAAGCAGUUCAAUGAAGUGCAGCUCGCAUUUACUCGACUUGGUAACGCAAUCCCUGCUGAACAAUAUUAUCGUUUUAACGAUCACUGGCGAUAUGCUGUUCAACGGCUAGCAUUCCUUGCAGCCUUGACAAUUUACCUCGAGACGGGAGACUUGGCGACUCGUGAAACAGUAGCUGAAAUACUUGGACUUAAGACACGGAGAGAUGCAGGUUUUCAUUUAGAUCUGGAAGAUUACUUGAUGGGCCUGCUCCAGCUUUCAUCGGAACUGUCACGCUUAGCAGUCAACAGUGUAACCAUGGGCGACUAUGUUCGACCUCUUCAGAUUUCACGCUUUAUUGCUGAGCUGAGUGCCGGUUUUCGGCUUCUGAAUCUUAAAAAUGAUUCACUUAGAAAACGAUUUGAUGUUUUGAAAUACGACGUGAAGAAGAUAGAAGAAGUUGUUUACGAUUUGUCGAUACGUGGUUUGAAACCUCCCGAGGACCCCGAAAUCAAAAGCAGUGAAAGUGCUACGACGAAUUAGUGUAUGUAGCUUUGUUUCAUUUACGACUGCUGACACACUGUUAAUUAAAGGAUUGUGUUAUCACUGUACAACGUAAUCCGUAAAAUUUGUGAUGAUAAAACGGUUUAUUUAUUUUUUUGUGCGUGAAGAUUUCUAAGCCUAAGUGUGAUUAGCACAAUAUUUGUUAACGUGCUGUGUAGGCCUAGUACUACUAAUACAGGCACUGCUGCAAGUUUACGAUCAAUAUUUAGGUGAAUGUAAUCACCAUUUAGGACGUAUGUAUGAUGUUUUUUAGAACCCACAGUUGAUGUGAGUGAUGAAUAGGAAAGCUGUUCCUCAGUUAUACUGUGUUUAAGGCAUUUUUUAAAAGAAACAUUAAGGACUCGUUGAAAAAUUUGUGGUUUCUAGUUUAACAUUUCUGACAAAUGAUUUUCCUAAACACAGCACAUGAUUAAAUAGUAUUCAUUUCUACAGUACAUUAGGAGCAGGAGUGGUGCAAGUUUGUUGCAUAAUUUCUAGCACAUUUAACCGUUCAAACGUGUGUACGUGUGUGUGUGUGUGUGUGUGUGUGUGUGUGUGUGUGAGAGAGAGAGAGAGAGAGAGAGAGAGAGAGAGAGGAAAAAUAUGAUAGGCUCAAUUAUGUAAACAUAUACACUAGAACAUAAUUUAAGCUUACUUCUCUUACAUAAAAAAUACAUGGUCUAUGAAAUGUUGAGCCACCAUUGAGUCACUAUCCUUGAUUAGCAGAUUAACACCUGGGGUUUAUAAGGGAUGUUGCAAUUUGUUUACUGUUUGUUCGAUUCACCUGGAUAUUAACUAUGUAGGGUAACUCUUAUCUGUCUGAAUUAUCAGUGUGUGGUAUUUAUUUUAAUGGAUUCUGCAGAAUAUUUCUCUUCUAGCUUGAAAAUUCAGUGAAACUGUUGUAUCAAUUCCUUUCAGUUUUUAUUUCAAAUUGGUUACUGUUUCUUAAUUUUAGAACUGUUGUCACAAUUUAAUGACUGUAUGGCAUGUUUGCAAAGCAGACAGUUACUGAGGCCCUUAGAUUUGAUCUAAAUAAUGACUGCUUAAAGCUGUCCAUGUAUUCGCCACUGUUAUUUUUUAAAAAUUUGCCUGUGCUUUUUGAUUAACUGGUAAGAAUCUUCAAAGCAGCUUUUAGUAAAAAAAAAAAAAAAAAAAAAAAA